CCGUAGAAUUGGAAAGUAUACAGAGGACAGGACGAUAAUAAAGAACUGACCAAAGGUUUGAAUUCUUUUGUCUAUGUACAAAUACAUAAACUACUUACGACAAGGAGGAUCGAGCCUCAAACGUUUCAAGGCUAUUGUGGUGAUGCUUUUGCUUCUCCUUGCACAUAUAUUUCAAGAUUCACCUUUCUUUUUUACUUUGCCAAGAGGAGAUGAAAGAUUCUUAUUUUUCCAUUAUUUCUACGUUUAUAUUCUUUUCUUUUCACUAGGAGACGAAAUUGAUCUAAUACAUUUAAAAGAACAAGACCUUUACCAGUUUGGAUAAUCACAAUAUCAAUUUGACUCUGCACAAUUU